CUGGCGCCACCUUCACCACGAAGUCUCCGACCCUCUUAACCGCCAUCCCCGACGCCGACAUGGAAAGAAUCGUAGCGCAGCUCCAUUCUGUGGCUCAACGAUUCCGCGUCGAGCCCAACCCAGAUCUGUAGUUUUAGGGAUGCGAGUCAUAUCGGUUUGGUGCGCUUCUGGACGAUUGUCGCUGUUAACCUUGUUGCGGAGAGACCACCCGUCUGAGCAGACGACGAAUCGGGUCAUUGCCCUUUUAGGUUUUUGAAGCUGGAAAUUGUCGUUCUUAGAUUGAUUGCGAGGUUUGACGCCGAUCUCGUGUUUACUCUUGACUGCUCUUACACCUAUACGCGGUUGUUUUCUCUCUCAUUGCCGCCUCAAGGGGAGUCUGGAUCAUCCUCCAUGUGUUUGUGUGUGUGCUCAUUGUUGCACUUGGAGUUUUGACGCUAGUGAAUACCGUGACUUGAGAGUGCUUCCCGCUUUCUCUCCCCUCGCUGACAUUACUCAAUCGUUUUCACGGCUUUGUGAAGAUCUGACGGGGGUACGUGGAGGAGGGAGCAGUCCUAGAGUGCCUUGCUUCUGCCAAGUAGUCAUUAAAUUUAAUCAUCAAGAGGUUUAUGUUGUUUCAUUCUAAAUGAUGAGCUGAUGAUAAGAAAGCGCCAUUAUCUUACCCAUACCUGAGUUAUCAGGAGACGCAGCCUAGUCGUGACAAGCCUUUGCUGUUGAGGGUGGGUUCAGAUGGCACCUCAGAGGAAGAGGAAGGUUGCUCAGGCUUGCUCCGUUCUAAAGACGCUUUUCAUAGGUAACUGCAUAGUCGAAUUCCCUAGCGAUGCGGAUCAGGAGUACAUAGCCGACAAGCUCUGUCUGCAACUCCAUCAUCCUGCCUCAAUAACAAUAAGCGUUGAUAACCAGAAGCCUCAAGCGUUUGAGAAGCCAAACCCUGUUCUUCUAGAACAAGUUUUGCCUCAGGGUCCUUUGUUUCAAGUGAUUAAUCCAAAAAGCCCCGAUUCAGCCGACUACUCGCUCCUUGAGAUUGCGACGAUGUUAUAUAAAAAGGAGCUGCCCGCAAUGAGCUUUGCAGCUGGUACUGGGAAAGAAUCUGAUUUUCUUAGGAACUGUACAACGAGCGGAAAGUAUUGCACUUUGCUGAUGAAGAAGCCAGGUGUCUUCCCUGCCGAUACUGAGGUUAUCGUAGGGGCUAUUACGUACCAAAUUCUGCCUACCAAUACUCAAUAUGCUGAAAUUCCACUGGCUGCUGUAGACCAAAUUUACCAGCGCCAGGGCUUUGGGAAGUUGCUAGUUAAAGAGCUAGCAAGGAGGUUAGCGGAUGUGGGUGUGCUAACCUUGUUUUGCUGGGGAGAUCAAGAGUCUGGGCAUUUCUGGAACAAAAUGGGUUUCGUGAAGAUUGCUGCCGUCGAUCCCCAGGGCAAGCCCCAGAAACUUCGUCUGAAAAAUGAAAUUCGGAAAGCAAUGUCUCUUCCUGGAAACUCAGCCCUCAUGGUUUGUAACUUGCACGCUGCGAGUGCGGACGCUAUGCCAGUCAGUUUCGGUGAGAUAACUCCUCACCGGAACUCUGACAAAAUUAAUGCAAACCAUAUGAUUGAGACCGAGACCAAGACCAAGACUGCGUCUGACAGGACGCAGAUGGAAGUUCAACAAUCUCCCAUUGCUUGCAGUGAAGUCUCAGAUCCGUAUUCCCUUGGAGAUACCCUUCCCAAGGUGCCGCUUAGCUCAGAUGUGACUUCACAACAAGCUGCAAGCUUACCAUGUAGUUCAGAAUUUAACAGUGCAGAAUGUCAGGUUAAGUCCUACUCCAAAGGAUCCAGUUGUAAAGUUUCCGUGAUGACCGAUCAUGUGUCUGAUUGUAAAUUCUCUUCGUUAAAGUUCAGCCGCACUCUCCGUUUUACAGGAUGUGACAUAGUGGAAGCAUCUGAGAAAGGCACCUGUGAAAAUACACCUGUACUUCCCUCAGAUAAGUUAGCUGUGACCCAAGAACAUAAGAGCCCAGGAUUUAUCUUUGUUAACCCAACUACCGAGACUAAUGAGAAGAUUCUUUCGACAUCCCCAAGUAACCCCGUUUUGCAUAGGAAUGAUAAAUUAAGAGAGCCCUUGAGGAAUGUGGAGAAUACUUCUGCGUACAAUUCCGUGCCUCUUGCGCAACAUCAGUCCUCGGACGCGACACCAGAGGUGUGUCUGGAUCAGGAGAACGAUGAUCUGGUCAAGGAAAAAGUCUUAGAAACUGAGCCUCCUAAAUCUCGUCUCAAAAGACCUCGAGCAAAACCACUAACAUCAAAAAAAAUAGGUAGAAAGUCAGUGCGGAGGGAAAGUAGCGAUAGUCCGACCAGGAUUGAUCCGGUAUUAGAAAUGCCUGAACCAUCAGCUUCUGAACCAACUCUGAGUUCAUCCCCAGUAAAGAAGGCAGUCAGACAGUCAAUGCGGAGGCAAAGUGGCGGUGAUCCAGCGAGGGUGAAUCCAGUUAUAGAAACGCUCCAGGCUUCAGCUCCAAAACCGAGUUCGAAUCCUCCACCAGCAAAGAAGGCAGCUAGACAGUCAGUUCGGAGGCAAAGUAAUGGUAUUCCAGGUGGGGUGAAUCCAGUUAAUGGAUUGCCUGAACCAUCAGUCCGUCAGUCAAGUUCUGAACAACUUUCAGCUGCUCAAAAUACUGAAAUUGUCAACGACUGUUCUGGUCUAAACCAUGAGUCUGUCUCGGACACUCGAGAUGCUAGAAGUGUAGAUUGUCUGCGAUCCGCGACAGAUGACUGCGUUACGCCCGUAGGUGCAGAUGAUAGACGUUUGAAAUCAACGUCGAAGAAACAAGACAAGGAUGUCACGAUUCGGAAGCGGUUGUCCUCUCGACCAGUUAAUAUUCCUGAAGUCAGAGUAGGAUUACCGCUGGCCUUAGGUUAUGCUAAAGACUCUGCGACGUGUUCCACACCAGUUGUUUUUCUUGCGAAUAUGCCAAACGAUCCGAAGAAGAGAGCAUUAAUACAGUUGGUGGAAAAACUUGGAGGGAAAGUGACAAGCGAUGGAGGUCAAUGUACACACGUUAUUGCCAGUGAAGUGAGAAGGACUUUAAAUUUUUGCACGGCCCUUUGCAGGGGGGCAUGGGUUGUUACGCCAGAAUGGUUGAAGUCAAGCAAUAAGCACAAAUCCUUCGUUGAUGAGAAGGAAUACCUGCUAAGGGACAAGGAAUAUGAAUCGAAAUACAAAGCUCCUCUGACGAAUGCUAUCCAAAUAGCGCAGCACAAAUCUUGCUCUUUGUUUGCUGGAUUCUACAUAUACCCGACGCCACAUGUGCAGCCUCCUUUGGACACCAUAGUUAAGCUAAGUGAAGCAGCAGGAGGAAAGGUUUUGAAAAGCUUAGAUGAAGCAUUGCAACAGAACUAUGUGUCGCACAGCAUCGUUCUAGGUGGAGAGGAGGACAAGAGUGAAGUUGAAAACGCUGCAAAAGCAGGACUGCGAACUUUCACUGGCGAGUGGUUCAUGCAAGCCAUUGUGAAGCAGAAGAUAGACUUGGAUACAAAUAUAUUACAGUAGCUAUGUAUUUAUUUUGCACCUUAAUCCUGUACAGAAAUUCAUGCAUCCAAGUAGCUCAUUUAGAUUGAUUCUAUUUGUUAGAGGAUGGAGAAAUUUGGUUAUGUGAAUCAUCAUGCCAAAGAUGUGGGAUGUUGAGAUUUUGAAAUUUUCCCACCGCGACAACGCUUUUGUCUUCAUCAACUAAGAUAUCAUUCGGUGGAGACGUUGGUGUUUUAUCAUGUCAAGGAUUCCAUCGCACCUGUAUAUUGGGCUUCAUGCGAAUUGUAACGAGUGUCUUUUGCAGUACACUUUAUAAUUUGACUGGAACUUACACUACUGCACGGUAUGACAUGCGGUAUCCCAUCA